AUGGCCGAAUCCACACCUCGAACGAUUGAUCAAUACUGGCACAGAAGCGGGCUUUGCGGGGUUAUCAGCCGUGCUACACUCCGCACCCUCCAGUUUGUCUUCGCUGUCACAGUUGCUGGUCUUUAUGGUGUCGAUUUAGCACACUCUACGAAGAGCAACAAUCAUGCCCACGCAGAAUGGAUAUACGCUGAGUUUGUUGCUGCACUCUCUGCUCUGACUUGCAUUGUGCAUUGCUUCGUUACUGUGACCCAAGUUGGAUGGUCCGCUUGGGAUGGAGUUCUGUUUGUCCUUUGGCUUGCCCAGGUGGGCGUUUUUGGGAAAGCCUAUACUUCUCACGUCAACCCAGAAUAUGAAAUUGCGACGCUGUCAAUUUCUCGUAUGCGCGCUGCAGCUUGGAUCAACCUGGUCAAUAUGGUGCUUUGGUUUGCGACAAUGGUGCUCGGCAUUUUGUGGUGUAUCCGGACUCGCAAGGUCAAACGAGGCAUGGAUGAAUCCGGUGUUGCUACGGAAGGGCUUGUCGGGCCGGAUGGCGUAAAGAGAAUCAGCGAUGAGGAGAGUGGUCGCUGGAUUGGAGAGGAGAAAGAUGUGAAAGAUUCUACUGAUAAAACUGAUGACGACAAGUGUCUGCAGAAGCAGGAGUAG